UUUGCACAAAUCGUUUCUACAGAAGUAGUCUCGCCCUCGCAUACCUAUAAUGUGACACUUCCUGUGCCUAAUGCUCCGUACGUUGCUGGACAAAUGUUGCCGAUUGCUUACACUUUACCUGAUGAUGCUGAUUUACCCAAGCGCUUAUCCUUAUCCAUCUCGCUUACGACACAGGACCCCAAUCUCAAUUUCACCGACAUUGUUAUUACACCAAAUGCAGAUAUCUCUCAGGGCUUUAGCUUUAAAAGGACUCUCAAUACAUUCAUAUAUUACGAACAUCAAUUGAGCUUCUCAAUUCCAAACACGACAUUACCUGGAAACUAUUUUGUCGUGUUCAGUGACUCUAUUUCAAAAACCAACACAUCGAUUCCAAUUGUCAUUCGCCCCUACGCUCCGUCUGCGUCA